GAACGCCGUAGUACUUCCGGUGUCAGCAUGUCUAUCUGUCUGACUAGAGUCAAUUAGAAAUUCAUACAAAAUUAGCCCCCUUGUAACUGAUUUACUGACGUGACAGUUUAUGUUUUGUUCACACAGACAUGGCUAUUACAGCUGAUCGCAUCCGGGAGAAACUUAUUAAGGAGUUCGCGGCAGUACACGUGGAUGUGGAGGACACAUCAUCCAACAGAUGUGCUGCCAGCUUCAAAGUCCUGGUGGUAUCAUCCCAGUUUGAGGGCAAACCACUGUUACAGAGACACAGGAUGGUGAAUACAUGCCUAGCUGAGGAGCUGAAAGACAUCCACGCUUUUGAACAGAAGACCCUCACACCAGAACAGUGGGAGAAACAGAAAUCACAAUGACACACACACAUUUUAUCACACUCACAUCAGAUCAAAAUUUCUGCUAUAAAACAGGCCUUACACCUCUCUGAUAUGCUGAUAUGUAGAACAGAUUCAAAUGCUCUACUUAAUUUCCUGUAAAUCAGCAGUAUUGACAUAAAUGCAAUGGAAUGUUCUGGUGGCAAUAAAACACUUGGAUGCUGUA